UAUUUGGGUAUUUUUUUAUACUUAGGUUUCUGUCAAACAAUACCGAAUGGUGCAAAAAUGUUUAUGUAGAUUUGCAUUUGGGCUUGUGUCGGAAUGCAUAUUUGUUUGCUAAUUUUGUAAGAAACAAUGAGAAGAGAGACAAAGAAGAGGAUAGAAUAUGCUCAACGUAUUACUUUGCAUUUCCAUCCACCCAACAAAACAAUCUUUCCCUCCCUUUCCCUUAUCUUCUUCUUCUUCUGCUUCAGCUUCUGCUUCAGCUUCUGCUUCUUCCCAGUUAAGUCUAAAUUAAACUCCAUCCUUUCUUUGUCUCAACUCAAAUGGACCAUAACCUUCAACAACAGCUCCAGCUAUGAUUAACCCACCACUUCCCUCAUCCUCUUCCUCCUGCUCUCUUUCUCCACUCUCUCCUCCGUACCCACUUGCCCACUCUCUCACUCUCCUCCACUGGCCCACCAAAAAACCCACUCGUCAAUUCCGUCUCUACACAGCCACAACACCAGACCUCUCUCUCACCACUGCUACUAACAAUGACCAGACCCUUUUAUCUCUCCUCCGCCAAAGAGAAACUGAUAAAGCUUGGAUCUUCUACUCUCAAUCUCCUCUACUUCCAAAUCCCACUUGCCUUAGCCGCUUAGUCUCUCAACUCUCUUACCAAAAUACCCCUCUUAGUCUCUCACGCGCCCAGUCCAUUCUCACGCGCCUCCGCCAGGAGCGCCAACUCCAUCGCCUUGAUGCUAAUUCCCUUGGUCUCCUCGCCGUCUCUGCCACCAAAUCCGGUCAAUUAUCCUAUGCUGUUUCACUCAUUAACUCUAUGCUCCGUUCUGGGUAUCUCCCUCAUGUUAAGGCAUGGUCAGCUGUUAUCAGUCGCCUUUCUUCUUCUCCUGAUGAUGGCCCCCAACAAGCUAUCAAGCUUUUCAAUUCAAUCACGCGACGCGUGCGUCGCUUUAAUGACGCGGCAUUGGUGGCUGACUCGAAUCCUGACACGGCUGCUUUUAAUAGUGUGCUCAAUGCUUGUGCUAAUUUGGGAGAUGGGAAAAUGUUUUUGCAGUUGUUUGAUCAAAUGUCUGAGUUUGGAGCUGAGCCUGAUAUUUUGACUUAUAAUGUUAUGAUUAAGUUGUGUGCUAGAUGUGAUAGGAAAGACUUGCUUGUGUUUGUUUUAGAAAGGGUAAUUCAAAAGAGAAUUCCUUUGUGUAUGACCACUUUGCAUUCUCUUGUUGCUGCAUAUGUUGGGUUUGGUGAUCUGGAAACCGCAGAGAUAAUGGCUCAAGCAAUGAGAGAAGGAAGGAGAGAUCUGUGUAAGAUUCUUAGAGAGGUUAAUAUGGAAGAUUUGGGUUAUUAUGGGGAGGAUGUAAUUGAGAAUAGUCAGAGGUUGGAUCAAAACAGGAAAAAUAUGUUUGUGUUUGAGAAGCUGCUUCCUAAUUCGAUUCAAUCCGGUGACACAGAGCCAUCAUUGUUACCUAAAGUUUAUGCACCUGACUCUAGAAUUUACACUACUUUGAUGAAAGGUUAUAUGAAUCAAGGCCGUGUAAGCGACACUAUUAGAAUGCUGGAGGCAAUGAGGCAUCAGGAUGAUAAUGCAAGUCAUCCUGACCAUGUAUCAUAUACAACAGUUAUCUCUGCUCUUGUAAAGGCAGGUUCAAUGGACCGUGCUCGUCAAGUACUAGCUGAGAUGACAAGAAUUGGUGUGCCUGCUAACAGGAUUACUUAUAAUAUUCUUCUCAAGGGUCAUUGCCAGCACCUGCAGAUUGAUAAGGCUAAGGAGUUGCUUAAAGAAAUGGAUGAAAAUGCUGAAAUUGAGCCUGAUGUGGUUUCAUAUAAUACUAUGAUUGAUGGGUGUAUACAGGUUGAUGACAGUGCAGGAGCUCUGGCCUUUUUCAAUGAGAUGCGAGAGAAAGGGAUUGCUCCCACCAAGAUCAGUUACACUACUUUGAUGAAAGCUUUUUCCUUGUCAGGUCAACCGAAGUUGGCUAAUCAAGUAUUUGAUGAGAUGUUCAAAGACCCACGAGUAAAAGUUGAUUUAAUUGCAUGGAAUGUGCUUGUUGAAGCGUAUUGUAAGCUGGGAUUGGUCGAGCAAGCCAAGAAAAUAAUCCAGAGAAUGAAGGAGAAUGGCUUCCACCCUAACGUGGCUACUUAUGGUAGCCUUGCAAGUGGUAUAGCACUGGCUAGAAAACCAGGGGAAGCACUAAUAUUAUGGAAUGAAGUCAAGGAAAGGCUUGAGAUGCAGAAAGAAGGCCACAAUUCUAAAUCUGAUUUGCCACCUCCACCAGCAUUCAAACCUGAUGAGGGUAUGCUAGAUACUCUGGCUGAUAUCUGUGUGAGGGCUGCUCUUUUCCAGAAGGCUCUAGAAAUAGUGGCUUGCAUGGAAGAAAAUGGAAUAUUUCCAAAUAAGAUGAAGUAUAAGAAGAUUUAUGUGGAGAUGCAUUCCAGGAUGUUCACUAGUAAACAUGCCUCGCAGGCCAGAGUAGAUAGGAGAAGAGAGAGGAAAAGAGCAGCUGAGGCUUUCAAGUUUUGGUUGGGCUUGCCAAAUUCUUAUUACGGGAGUGAGUGGGGGGUUGGACCUACUGAAUACUGAUGGAGAUGGUUAUGCUUGAGAUCGAGUUUAGCACUAUGUGCUUGACUGUAAAAUAUGGUACUAAGAUUGGAAUUCCAUACAGAAAAAUGAAAAAUAGAUUUUACAGGAUUGUUCUUGUAUAUUAGGAAUCUUGAAUUCUAGAUGUAAUAUAACCAUUGUACAAAGAAAUGAACUGAUUCUAGGCAAAUCUGUUUCAGGAGAACAGAAAAUUCUGAAUUGGUUCAUGUUGCAUAUCAAAUGUAAUACAUCAUUCUUUUCACAAUUUUUACAAAAGAAGCUGCUUUUUCUGUA